AUGGCCCAAGAACACCGGGAUCAGCCCGAGACCCAGCCCGAGUCCCACGGUGAGACUCAGCCUGACGGUCAAUUCGAGACCCAACCCGAAGCUCAGGCUGUUGCCUUCGGAGCGGGCUCCGACCACGACUUCAGGUUCGAGAUCCCGUACUACACCCAACCGGAACAUGACGACGAUGACGAUGGAGCUUCCACCGCAUCGCUGAAAGCCAGUAUCCUCGACUACCGCAGGGAAAAUGGACGCACCUACCACCGCUUCAGUGACGGUCACUACGUCCUCCCGAAUGACGACCUCGAGCAGGAACGCCUGGACAUUGCGAACCACAUGUGGACUGUCGUGUGGGAUGGGCAGCUCUGCUUGUGCCCCAAGAAGAACGGCGCCAAGAGAGUGCUUGACCUUGGAACUGGAACUGGCAUCUGGGCAUUGGACUACGCUGAUGAACACCCUACCGCCACGGUCAUCGGCGUAGAUCUGAGCCCUAUUCAGCCCGAGUAUGUUCCGCCCAAUUGCCAGUUUGAAAUUGACGACCUCGAAAAAGAGUGGGCGUGGCCUGAGAAAUUCGACUUUGUCUUUUCCCGCAACAUGAUCGGCUGCUUCAACGACUGGGAAUGGAUUGCCAAGCAGGCCUUUGAGAACUUGGAGCCUGGCGGAUACUUUGAAAUCCACGACAAUCUCUACCCGGUCGCAUGCGACGACGGAACCUUAACGGAAGACCACGCCCUGUACAAGUGGUCGUCUCUUCUGUGCGAGGCCAUUGCGCGGAUGGGCCGUUCCCUCACCAUCACGUCAGAGUUUGAGGGCAUCCUCCAGCGGGUUGGCUUCGAGAACGUGACGGUUACGAAGCAGAAGAUGCCAGCGUCGCCAUGGCCCGAAGAUCCGAGGUUACAGGAAAUCGGCAGCUGGGUGCAGGCUUCCUUGCUUCCCGGGAUCGAGGGUAUGGCGAUGGCGUUGCUGACCCGCGUGAUGGGUUGGAAGCCUGCCGAGGUCAUUAUUUUCGGUUCCCAAGUAAGGCAGGAUGUCAAAAAUCUGGGUGUUCAUGCGUAUUGGUAUGGGUAUUCAGUCUACGGGAGAAAGCCUGCGUCAAAGAAAGAGGUUCCAAAGGAGAUUUUAAGAGGAAAGCCGAAUGAGAGCCUGCAGGUGGACAGUCCAAAGAGGGAGAAUCUCAAGCGCAAGAGUCCUCAUCCUGAGAGUCCAAAAUGA